AUAUCAAAAUUGUCACUGCACCCCAUAGAAGAUAAACCUCCCGAAGAACUUCCAGUACUAAGUGAAGAAGAGCUUGAGGCUCUCAAGAAUCCGGACGUUAUCACUAACCAGAUAGCUCUGCUGGAAGCCCAGUGUCAUGAAAUGAAACCCAACCUCGGGGCUAUCGCAGAGUACAGGAAGAAGGAAGAGCUGUACUUGAAACGUGUGGCAGAACUGGAUGACAUUACCAAUGAGCGAGACAGCUUCAGGCAAGCUUUUGAAGACCUUAGGAAACAAAGACUGAACGAAUUUAUGGCAGGAUUUAAUGUAAUAACAAAUAAACUGAAGGAAAACUACCAGAUGCUUACUUUGGGAGGCGAUGCUGAACUAGAGCUUGUGGAUAGUCUGGAUCCCUUCUCUGAGGGCAUCAUGUUUAGCGUUCGGCCUCCGAAGAAAAGUUGGAAGAAGAUAUUUAACUUGUCAGGAGGAGAGAAGACUCUGAGUUCCCUGGCUCUAGUUUUUGCUCUUCACCACUACAAGCCGACGCCCCUGUACUUUAUGGACGAGAUCGACGCAGCCCUGGACUUCAAAAACGUGUCAAUUGUAGCGUUUUACAUAUACGAGCAGACAAAAAACGCGCAGUUUAUCAUCAUCUCCCUGCGGAACAACAUGUUUGAGAUCGCAGACAGAUUAAUUGGGAUUUACAAGACUCACAACCCACCAAAAGCGUGGCAACCAACCCCAAAAUUAUUGCAUCCAAAGGGCUGGCUGAACUCGACGCUCUGCGGUGCAGUACGGCUCAAAAAUAGAGCAGAAUAAA